AUGAAGAUGAAGCUCAGAAAGUCGGUGCUUUUCUUGCUGCUUGUGACAGUUUUUGCUCCUAUUGUUCUCUACACUGGCACUCUUGAAGUCUACUUCACAUCCUCUUCUUCCAAGAACGAGUUUGUGGAAGAUGUUUCAGCACUUACUUUUGCUGGUGAAGUUAGGCCUCUGAAUGUUCUGCCUCAGGAGUCAUCUACAACAUUAAAAGAACCGUUUGGCAUUGUUUAUUCCGAAAAUUCUAUAGACUCGAAUCCCAAUGCUUCCGAUGCAUCGUCUGGCGAAAAUACUCGCAUUACUCGACAACUCACUGAAGAAUCAGCAGAAGAAAGAGCCUCGAAUUUGACCACAUUGAGCGAAAAUCACUCGUCAGACAAGAAUCCCAUUAGGCAGGUGAUAGAUGAGGUUCGUGGGGCUGAAGUUGAGCCGGGCGAAGAAAAAAUUGCUAAACCUAAAUCGAGCGAGAAUAUAGAAACUGAGGGUACAUCAGAAAAUGCCUCACAGAAAAAGGAAAUACCUGCGAAACACUCUUCCCGUAUCUUUGGAAGAGAUGCCUCCAAGGCUAGAACUAGAAAACAAAACGAGAGAGCUGUUUCGAGUCUUUCGACAGACGCUCGGGUUCACCAGCUCAAGGACCAACUCAUUCAAGCAAAAGUUUACCUCUCCCUAUCCUCGACUAGAAACAAUCCCCAAUUCAUAAGGGAGCUCCGUUUGCGCGUGAAGGAAGUUCAAAAAGUUCUUGGAGAGGCCACCAAGGAUUCCGAGCUGCCAAGAAAUGCUAACGAUAAACUGAAAGCAAUGGACCAAACUCUGUCCAAGGGGAGACAAAUACAGGAAGAUUGUGCUGCCGUGGUAAAGAAGCUUCGGGCAAUGCUUCAUUUGGCAGAAGAUCAGCUUCGAGUCCACAGGAAGCAGACAUUGUUUUUGACCCAUUUGACCGCAAAGACUAUUCCGAAAGGGCUUCACUGUCUUCCACUACGCCUCUCGGCUGAGUAUUUCAUGCUUAACUCGUCUCAGAGGAAUUUUCCGAACCAGGAAAAAUUAGAGGAUCCCAAGCUGUAUCACUACGCCUUGUUUUCGGAUAAUAUAUUGGCUGCGGCUGUUGUUGUGAACUCCACAAUCACCCAUGCAAAGGACCCCUCGAAACACGUCUUCCACAUAGUCACCGACAGGCUAAACUACGCCGCCAUGCGAAUGUGGUUCUUAUCAAAUCCCCCAGGAAAAGCAACUGUAAAAGUCCAAAAUGUCGAGCAUUUCACGUGGCUCAACUCGAGCUACAGCCCUGUCCUCAGGCAGCUCAUUGCUCCCUCGACAAUCGACUACUACUUCAAAAACCGCCGAACAGAGUCUGACCCGAACCUGAAAUACCGGAACCCAAAGUACCUCUCGAUUAUGAACCACCUGAGGUUUUACCUGCCUGAGAUUUUCCCGAAACUCGCCAAGGUUUUGUUUUUGGACGAUGAUAUUGUGGUGCAGAAGGAUCUCACGAGCCUUUGGUCGUUGGAUAUGAAGGGAAAAGUCAUUGGUGUGGUCGAGACGUGUGGAGAGAGCUUUCACAGGUUUGAUCGGUAUUUAAAUUUUUCGAACCCAAUUAUUUCGAAGAAUUUUGAUCCUCGUGCGUGUGGUUGGGCGUUUGGGAUGAAUGUUUUCGAUCUGAAUGAGUGGAGAAAGCAGAAUAUAACAGAGGUGUAUCAUAGGUGGCAGAACCUGAAUCAAGAUCGACUGUUAUGGAAACUAGGAACAUUGCCACCGGGUUUAAUAACCUUCUGGAACCGGACUUAUGCUCUCGACAAAUCUUGGCACGUUUUGGGGCUCGGUUACAACCCGAAUGUGCCCCAAAAGGAGAUCGACCGAGCGGCCGUAAUACACUUCAACGGCAACUUGAAGCCUUGGCUCGAGAUCGCCAUACCAAAGUUCAGAGGCUACUGGCAGAAAUUCGUUGAUUACGAUCACCAAUUUCUGCGCGAGUGCAACAUCGCUCAAUAG